AACAGCUUCACAACCACUCCGCGUUUUCGUGCGCUACCCUACUGCUGUUGUGAAAUCAUUUAUUUCUUGUAUGUAUAUCUUUGUUCCACUUUCUUUCUCUAUAUCCUUUCCCCAGCGCAUUCCCCCCCAAUGGACCCCAACCCUCCUCUCCAACCCUCUCCCCCAACCCCCUCCCUCUUCCGCUGGAUCCUCGGCUUCCUCCUCGUCGGCGCAUGCUGGGGCCUAACAACACCAUUCAUGCGCCGCGCCGCGAUCAAUUACACGCCUCCCACGCGCCCGUCGCUGUCCGAUCCGAAUACAUCGUGGUUGAGGAAGAAGGUGCUGGGGAUCUGGUACGCGGUGAUAGGAGUGCUGAGUAGACCCGCGUAUGCGGUGCCGUUGCUGUUGAAUGUUACGGGGAGUGUGUGGUUCUUUGUUUUGAUUGGGCAGGCUGAGCUGAGUUUGACGGUGCCGAUAACGAAUUCUUUGGCGUUUUUGUUCACUGUGCUGGGGGAGUGGUGGGCGGAGAAGAAGGUGAUAAGUCGAGAUACUUGGAUUGGCAUGGCGUUGGUUUUGGGCGGCAUUGCGUUAUGUGUUCAAAGCAAGAGCAGGUGAUUCUUGCUUAGAUAUGCUGAACUAUAUACCUUGAAUCUAAGUUUUAUAC